GUUUAAGUGACCACUUUCCUUUAAUUUUAGACUUUUAGGUGUAUAGAUUGUGUGGUAAGGCGGUUACGGCGAAAUAGUAACGAUGGCUUCCAAAGGAAUGAAAGCGUUACAAACGUGGUGUCAGCGCAAUGUUGAAGGUUACAAAGACGUUAACAUUGUAAACAUGACAACGUCUUGGAGAGAUGGGCUUGCUUUUUGUGCUCUUAUACACCGGUUCAGACCGGACUUAAUUGACUUUGAUUCACUUUCGAAAGAAAAUGUCCUCCAUAAUAACCAACUUGCAUUCACUGUCGGUGAGAAGGAGCUUGGUAUUGCUGCUUUGUUGGAUGCUGAGGAUAUGGUGGCCAUGCAAGUACCGGACAAACUAAGCAUCAUUACCUAUGUGUCGCAAUACUACAACAGACUUCAUAAAAUGAAGCCAGCUGAUGACGAAAAACCACUAAAAAGGAAGUCUACCCUACAAUCUACACCCGAAUUUGUUAAAAUUAAGAGGAAAGAGCCAGAACCGGUUAAAAAAGUUGGCAGCACGUCCCAACCACUUGCAAUAAACUCAAACUUCACGAGACCAUCCUUACCUUCCAAACCUCAAGUAUUUAGUGUUUGUGAAAUCUGCAAGAAGAAAGUUCAUCUUGUAGAGAGGUUUAUUGAUGAAGGGAAAGUCUAUCAUAGGCAGUGUCACAGGACAAAGUCUUUAAGUGGCAUGUACAGAAGAGACAAAUCGAUAAUUUCACAACUUGAAAGCAACAAAAACUCUGAAAAAGUUGCAGAAGAUAAAGAUUCCAAACCUCGCAACACCAACGAGAAUAGUUCCUCGAAAAAAGAAGUUAAAAGAAACCCAAGCCGAGUUGCAGAUAUGAUAUCUGUGUUUUCAAAUGCUCCUAAGCAAAAAGUUAAAGUGAAAAGCGCAGAAAAAGAAAAAUCAGUUGAAGAAAAUGAUAAAAGGGAAGACACAAAAGAGGAUACUGUGCCAGUAGUAAUUGUGCCACAAAAAAAUGAGGGUAAAAAAAUGAAAAUCGUGGAUACUAAUAAUAUCCAAGCUUCUGAACAGCCAACAACCACUUUUGAUGAAACUGAGCAGAAAAUAAGAGAAAAAAUAACUCCCGAAGUUCCAAUACCCACUGCAGGCAGUGGAAAUGUGACAGAACUUUCAAAAAGUAAUACGGCAAGUUUGGAACUUACAAAAAAUAAAGCCGAAGAUUCAGAACCUCUAAAAAGUGAUGCCACAGACCUAAAAACUGAUCUUGCGCAUACAGAUAUUUCAAGUGAAGUAAAAACAAGCGAAAAUAGUGAUAAAAUAAUUGUGCAAGAAGACAAACAAAUCUCAGAAGAGAGUAUUACAAAUGAAGAAAGCAAUCAGGAAAUCAAGGGUUCGAAUAAUCAACCAAAAAAAUCCACAAUUGCCCCGGAAAUUGUUAAACCAACAGUCGUUGUUCAAGAUACAACUAUGCUUCCUGCUUUGCUAAAAUCGCUUACUGAGGUCCGAGAAAACCAUGAAAAGAAGAAAGAGGAUCCGAAAAAGAUUGAUCCUGCGCUAACAUCCUCUAUAGCCCCUCUCAUCAGUGAACUCCCAGCUUCUCCAAUUAAAAGACCAACUCCAAGAGUGAGAAUGACAAGUUCAAAUUCAGAUUCAAAACCUAAAGCAAGACCUCGCUCCUUUAACAAAGUUGAUGUCAAACCUAAAAUUGAGAGUAAAUCGGCAGAAGAACUUAAUCCAUUUGCUCUUAAUGAUGAUGAGAUAGACCAUCCUGGAACUCUUGGUGUGGUUGAGAACAAUAAAACAACCAAAAACCAGAUUGAAAAUAAACCAGAAAUAAAUAAAGUAAUAGAACCUUUAAACCCGUUCGAAAUGGAAGAAGAAGAAGAGGAGGAAGAAGAAAAAGGGUCCUCGGAGCAAAAAUUAAGUGAUGUUGGGAAUCAUGGCGAUGUUGGAGAAAAAACUGAGAUUAAAAAGAGCACAAAUCCCUUUGAUGUAGAUUUAGAAGAAGAAGAUGAAAAAGAGGAGGAGGAGGAUGGAAAGAAUCCAUUUGAUAUGGAAGAAAGUGAUGAAGAUGGGAGAAAUCCAUUUGAGAUUGAAGAAGAGACGCCAGAGAUGAAUUCCUAUGAUGAGAGCUUGAAUCCGUUUGGUCUGGACGAAGAUGCGGGUAGUGAUCCUACUGAUGAAGAUGUGAAGAUUGGGAACAGGGAUGUUGGACAUCCGAUCGCUACUUUGGAUCAAAAAAUGAAAAUUAAUGCCGUGAAGAAACCCCUUGAUGCCCCUAAACCCCCAACAAGGAAAAAGGCCCCAGCCCCUCCACCCCCUAAACCCCCAGCAGAGGAGAAACAGCUCCAACCCAUUACCCUGCCGCCCGUAGCCCCACCAAGGCACUCACCCGUCACCACAAAACGAAGAGCCCCGAACUGGAAAUCGGACGUUGAGAAAAAGAUGGAGGAAAUGAACACUAACAAUACUGUUGAUAAAAAAUUCAUACAUAGCCCAGAAACAAAGAAAACAAGUCCACUACCCACCAAGGCUGGAGCAAAACAAACACCCAACAAAAGCAAGCCACCAAUCAUAAAACCAGCUCGACCAGCACCAGGUUAUGGAUUCCCACUUAUUAAACGAAGUGUUAAGUGGGAGAUGACGGAAGAAGAGGUUGUGAGCGAGAUGGCCAUCCUGGAUGUUCAACUUAAAGAUCUUGAGAAGAAGGGAGUCAAGCUGGAGGAAGUUUUGAGAGAUGAGAUGGAAUUAGAGUCUGGCAACGAAGUAAAAACCGAAACUGAUCAAUUACUUCGCGAAUGGUUUGACUUAGUUCAUGAUAAGAACAAGUUGGUACGAAGGGAAACAGACCUUGUGUAUUUAAUGCAGCAACAAAGGUUAGAGCAAGAACAUGCUGAUGUUGAAUAUAAGAUACGUAAACUACUCAAUAAACCAGAUGGUGAGAAAACUGAGGAAGAAAAAGAAGAAGAGAGUAACCUCCUGGAUCAACUUGUGCAGGUUGUGGAGCGACGUAACGUUAUUAUUAAUUCCAUUGAAGAGGCGAGAGUCAAGGAGGAAGAAGAAGAUGCAGCUUAUGAUCGAAUGAAGAUCCAGAUGGAUUCUCCUCCCGACAACGACAAUUCUAAAAUGAAAAAGAAAAAAAAUAAAGUCAAAAAAAUGUUCAGCAAGAAAAAGAAAUCUUCAAAACAUGAUGCUGAACCAACAGAGCAAACAUCCAAUACCUGAUUAUUGGUUUUAUUAUUUAUUAACUUUUUAUUUAACUGCUCAUUGUUUUAUUCCAUCCAGCAAAGGGUGCUGGCACCUGCAUUUGCACUUGUGUUUUAAAAAAAGUGAAAUCUGUUAAAUCAUAACUACACAUUUAAAUUUUUUUAAAUAUAAUAGAAAACUGCAUAGAUAUUUAUUGAAAAAUUUGCAAGAAGAAAUUCUCUGGCCUAAAUCCUAGGACCCAGUAUUCGCCAUGCUUCGGGACCUCACCCACAUAGAAUAGAAGGAAAAAUAUUAAUUUAAAAUAAAUCCUAAGCAUUCUGCAAUAAAACCUUUAGUGUGUUUGGCUAUCUACUGUAUUUAAAACGCAGUAUGUCAUAAUUGGUAGUAUUCUUACGUGCCUUGCUUGCUUAUGUUGCAAUAUAACUACACAGACUUACCUGUUCAUUUCUGCCAUGCCUUUAAUUCAUAAUAUAUUUGAUGCUUGCUUGAUUGCCAUAGUAUUUCAUGUUAACAUACUCUAAAGACAUUUGUGUUGUGUAUAGUAGAGUGGGGAAAAAUGGGACAACUUUUAUUUCGUUUUCUUUUUUAUUUAAAGAAUUAUAAAAACCUAUCCUCACGACUCCUAUAGACGUUGUUUUUUUUUAUAACACGAUCAAGAUAUUUGGAUAUUAUGAGCUAAAUGUGUCCCGUCUUCCCCCACCCUACUAUAUCUAUAUUGCCCACAAAGCAUUCUGCUCCUAUGCUGGCCAUGGGUAAUGGGGGCUUUUAUACACUUUACAUCAAACCGAAUACAUACAAAUAGUUUUCUUAAUUCCAAAUACCACCCUAAAAUAGUGCAACUGUAAAAUGUAUUUCACAAAUUGCUUUCUUCUGCUACUUCUAACUUGUACUAUCUAAUCUACAGUUUCGUAAAUUGUUCUUAAUUAUUGUAAGCUUUAUUCACACCCUUCUUGCUCAACAGUGUUUCCUUUUAUGUUUUACAAAUAUUUUAAUCAUUCACCCGCUGCAUUAAAUCUACUGCUACCA